UUGGGUAGCAUCAGCCCUUCCCAGUUUUCUUAAUAGUAAUUGCCUAGAAAUGAGGGAUCUCACUGCAGGGUUAUCGCAUCACUGCUAUGAGACCCAGCCAGUGCUAGGCAGAGCUUACAUGAUGUUAACCACCCAUGGCACGUCCGUUUGCGUUUGUUUGCUAUUUCCUAUAUAUUAGUGGCUGUAGAACACAAUUCAUCCUGGCAUUCUCUUUGUCGUGAAUCAGCAAGAGCCAUGGAACAGCAGCAGUCACUGGGGAGCCUGAGAUGGGGGUGGCAGUGUAAGGUAUUAACACUCUGCUUUUCAUCGCAUGAAAAUGCCAGCUCCUGUCGACUACUCUAAGAGGAGAUUGCAGCUGCAUGCAAGCGAGAGAUAGAGAGGUUUGGGAAUAGCCUAGACGUUUCUGGCUGCUUGACUGCUAGAAUUUGUGCAGUGUUCUCCAGUCAUGUGUUGACAGUCUAAAUAAUCGCCUGAGACCAAUGAAAUACACAAAACUGUAUCUAUGCGAUGAUCAAGCUUCUUCAAUGAUGGAAUUCACAUAUUCUCGUCUAUGGCUCCGACCUCAUCAAAGUAGUGAAUGGAAUUUCAGACAGAGAUUAGGAGAAGAGCACUGCAACUUUUAAAUGCAUCGAAUCAACAAUAUCCAGCCAGGCAGAUCUAUUUGACUUACAGCAGUUGUCUGCAUUUCAUUGAAAUUCUACCUCCUGAAGGGGAAGAAGACGACGCAGCAGCAAUGGGACUCACCUAAAGUGGAUUGUACUUUCAUUGACACACCAUUCAUCCUGCUUCAUUCAGCUGUCUCGUCUCCUUUCUCCUGUCUUCAAAAUGGUCAAGUAAAUCAUCUGUGUUGACCCUGAUCCUAAAGAUGUUUCAGGCGCUGAGGACCGGCUGCCUUCACAGCCUGAAGAAUUCGAGACAUCACUUGCUCAUCUUGAGCAAUUAACAAUCAAUUCCUCCUGAGAGUAAAUACAGCAGUGGAUGUGACUGUUUAAACACAACUUUCCCGAUUGUUUUCUGAAUACCUGAUGAGUCUUCGUAGACUAGCACACCCAUCUAAAAGCCACAGGGUUUGCAGACUUUGGAUUUGCAGUGCAUGGCUGCUCUGGUCUGCCAUGCAUUGAGAAGUGAGGCAAACGUUAGAUUUCAACCAAACCCCAUAUUUUGCACAGAAAUGUUGCCUUAGUGAUAGAUGAGAGAUGUUUUUGUCAGUUACAUAACCCUAUAAUUAGCGAAGUUCUGUCAGCCGCAUUGUAAACUCUAUGUUGAGGUUUCUUAUGACUAGGGAGUCUCUCCGCAUGUUUGUAAUCCCUGAUGGUCCUAGCCAGGCUCUGGGAGAGCCUCAGAUCUCAGCCUGUGACUCUCCCCCUCCUUAGCUCCCUCUGCACUAGGAUGUUGCGGAAGGCUCUGCACAGGGGGCUGAGAACGUGUUUUUCAAGAUUGGGCUUUUUCAUCGCUAGCCAUCCAGUGUUUUUUGUAUCAGCCCCAGUGCUGAUCUCAAUUUUGCUGGGGGCUAGUUUUAGCAGGUAUAAGGUUGAAGAAAAUAUUGAAUAUUUGCUGGCCCCUAAACAUAGUCUAGCUAAAAUAGAGAGGAACCUGGUGGAUAGUCUAUUCCCUGUCAAUCGCUCAAAACACCGUCUAUACUCUGAUCUCCAAACACCUGGGAGGUACGGCAGAGUCAUCAUAACAUCAUCCAGGAGAGCAAACAUGUUGGACCAACACCACACGGAUCUCAUUCUAAAGUUUCACUCUACAGUAAAAAGAAUUCAAGUCCACCGACCAGGGUUCAAUUACACAUUUGCUCACAUUUGCAUGUUGAGCAAUGAGAAAGCCUGCAUAGUGGAUGAUAUAGUGCACAUUUUGGAGGAACUGAAGGCAGCUCGCUCUUUAAAUCGAACAAACUUUGUCAUUACUUAUCCCAUCACACAGUUAAAAGAUGGCAGAGAAGUUUACAAUGGGCAUCAGCUGGGAGGCGUCACUGUGCACAGCAAAGAUCGAGUAAAGUCUGCGGAGGCCAUUCAGCUCACGUAUUAUCUGCAGGCAAUCAACUCUAUCAAUGAAAUGGUGGCUGAGAAGUGGGAAUCUAUUUUCUGCGAGACUGUAGAAAGCUUUCAAAGGUUAAACAGAGAGGUCAAAAUGUACCCUUUCACAUCUUCAUCUCUAGGAGAAGAUUUUCAGAAAACCAGCAGAGUUGCAGAACGUUACCUGAUCACAAGUCUUAUCUUAGUUCUUUCAUUAGCCAUCUUGUGCUGUUCCAUGCAGGAUUGUGUUCGGAGUAAACCUUGGCUGGGUCUGCUUGGACUGGUGACUGUCACCCUUUCUACUCUCACUGCUGCAGGGAUCAUCAAUUUGACAGGGGGAAAAUAUAAUUCUACUUUCCUUGGAAUUCCAUUCAUCAUGCUAGGUCAUGGAUUAUACGGGACAUUUGAAAUGUUAUCUUCUUGGAGGAAAACCAGAGAAGAUCAACACGUGAAGGAGAGGACAGCCGUUGUGUAUGCAGACACCAUGAUUUCCUUCUCUCUCACAACUGCCAUGUAUUUAGUCACCUUUGGGAUUGGCGCUAGUCCAUUCACAAACAUUGAAGCUGCAAGGAUAUUUUGUCGAAAUUCAUGUAUAGCAAUCUUCUUCAACUACCUCUACGUACUAUCAUUCUAUGGCUCUAGCCUUGUGUUUACUGGGUACAUUGAAAAUAAUUACCAGCAUAGUAUUUUCUGCAGAAAGGUGCCAAAGCCUGAAAUCCUACAGGUCAAGUCAUUGUGGUACAGGUUUCUUAUGACUGCAAAAUUUAGUGAAGACACAGCAGACUCCGAAGAAACAAAUUCAUAUGAAAGUCAUCUUUUGGUUUGCUUCCUCAGACGCUAUUACUGUGACUGGAUAACAAAUACAUAUGUAAAACCUUUUGUAGUUCUCUUUUACCUUGUUUAUAUUUCCUUUGCCUUAAUGGGCUACCUGCAGGUCAAUGAAGGGUCUGAUCUAAGUAACAUUGUUGCAACUGAAACACGAACCAUAACAUACACAAGCAUCCAGCAAAAGUAUUUUAGCAACUAUAGUCCGGUUAUAGGCUUCUACAUCUAUGAGUCUAUUGAAUACUGGAAUACAAGUGUUCAGGAAGAUGUUCUGGAGUAUACGAAAGGGUUUGUGAGAAUAUCCUGGUUCGAGAGCUACUUAAGUUAUCUCAGAAAACUUAACAUGUCUACUGGAUUACCCAAAAAGAACUUCACGGAUAUACUACGGUAUUCUUUCCUUAAAAAUUCACGGUAUGCACAUUUUUCUGAAGACAUUAUCAUACCCAAAAAAUACAACAACGAAGUUGAUGUGGUGGCCUCUAGGAUGUUCCUAAUUGCCAAAACCAUGGAAACAAACAGGGAAGAACUUUAUGAUCUCCUUGAAACUUUAAGGAAGCUUUCUCUAACCUCCAAAGUAAAAUUCAUUGUCUUUAAUCCAUCCUUUGUCUACAUGGAUAGAUAUGCUUCUUCAGUGGGAGCUCCAUUGCAGAACUCCUGCAUAAGUGCUUUGUUUCUGCUUUUUUUCUCCGCAUUUCUUGUUACAAGUUCUAUCAUCAAUGUCUGGAUUACGCUAACUGUGGCCUCUGUGGAGUUUGGAGUCAUUGGAUUCAUGACCCUAUGGAAAGUUGAAUUGGACUGUAUAUCAGUACUUUGUCUUAUCUAUGGAAUUAAUUACACUAUAGACAGUUGUGCACCACUGAUAUCCACCUUUAUUUUGGGAAAGGAAUUUACAAGAACUAAAUGGGUGAAAAAUUCAUUAGAAGUCCAUGGGGUAGCCAUUUUACAGAGCUACCUCUGUUACACUGUUGGUCUGAUCCCUCUUGCAGCUGUGCCUUCAAAUUUGACCCAUACACUAUUCAGGUGCUUGUUUUUAAUAGCAUUUGUCACAUUCUUUCAUUGCUUUGCCAUUUUACCAGUUAUGCUUACUUUUGUUCCCCCUUCAAAGAAGAAGAGGAAAGAAAAGAAGACACUGGAUAACCGUGAAGAGAUAGAAUGUGUUGAAAUGGUGGACCUAGACAGCACCAGAGUGGUUGACCAAAUUACAACUGUCUGAAAAAUAUAUAUUUUUUCUUUGUAUGUUUUUUUCACCCUAGGUCUUACUAAGAGAAUGUUUUAAUAGAACAUUUGGUCUAAUGACAAAUAAAUAUUAAAACAAAUAUCCAAUACAAUCCUAUUGAAGGAUGUUCCAGACACUUACUGAAAAA